AUGUGCCCCACCGAGAAAGCUGUCGCAACGGCUGACAACAAUAAUGACCAUUUGGUCCAGUCCGAGGAUCCCGAACACCCUGCCAACCUCAUCCCCCAACUCUGCAGGAAUUUCUACAACUGGGGAUGGGUUACUGGUACCGGAGGAGGCGCAUCGAUCCGCCAAGGCGACCACAUUUUCAUUGCCCCCUCCGGUGUUCAAAAGGAAUUGAUCAAAUCAGAUAACAUCUUCGUUGUUCAAUGGCCUACCCCCAAGUACCCGGCUGAGGCGCGCAACUAUAUCCGCAAGCCCCUCAAGCUCAAUCCCUCCGCCUGUACCCCACUGUUCUUGACUGCCUUUGAGCAGGGUGCUGGUUGCUGCAUUCACACUCACUCGCAAUGGGCUGUUCUCGUCACCCUACUGGUAGAGCGAGAGAAAGGCCCUGAUGCUUGCUUUGAGAUCAACAACAUUGAGCAGAUCAAAGGUAUUCCUCGUGGUAAGGGCAAGGGUAUGCUCGGAUUCUUUGAUACUUUGAAGAUUCCUAUCAUCGAGAACACUGCCUUUGAGGAGGAUCUCACCAGUGGCCUGGAGGCGGCCAUGAACAAAUACCCCGACACAUAUGCCGUACUUGUUCGCAGACACGGAAUCUAUGUCUGGGGCGACAACACCGCCAAGGCAAAGACUCAGUGCGAGAGUCUGGACUACCUGUUCCAAUUGGCUGUGGAAAUGCACAAGCUGGGACUCCCAUGGAUCAAAUAG